GGCGAGGACCGCUCCGAAACGUCGGACGGAACCCGCGGAUUUCCCUCUCCCCUCGGUGUUUCUCCUAGAGAGCGACGGUCAACGGAGGAACGCGAACCUUCCGGAGAAUAAGAAGAAAAAUAAAAGCGGGCGUCUCGAGCCGGUCGGCUCCAAAUUGGCGGGUCGGAGAGCUACCGGAGAGCGUCCUGCUCUUGCGGGCAUCGAAGUCACCGUCGGUCGGCCGCGCGCCCCGCCUCGCCAAUGAAGGAAAUCUGGUCGGAAGCGACGCGCUCUCGAAGAAAGUAGGCCCGCGCGAGAGGCACAGGUGGAAACAGGUGGGAAACAGGUGGAAAAGAGAGGUUAGGAGGGCCCCCGGAGGUUUGCUCGCGUUCGCCACUCGAAGCGCCACUCGCGGGGCCGAUACCAAAAUGGCCGCCGCCCGCUCGGCAGACCGUCCGGGACCGUCGAGCGCGCGGGCACCGUGCCGGAGCCACCGGAGGUCCCCAUCGAGUGCACCGACGAUCGCCGUCUGACUCGUCCCAGGGACAGCGUACCUCCCGAGCGCCGGUGGUACCGGGAGCGGGAAGGACCCGAGGAGAAUGUAUCGGCCCAAUUUCUACGAGAGCACGUGCCUGCGGUGCGCGCAGACGGUCUACCAGGUAGACAGGGUGGGACCUCUCAAGGACUUCACCUUCUUCCACGCGGGGUGCUUCAAGUGCGCCAUCUGCGGGACCAAGCUCACCCUCAAGACCUACUACAACAACCAGCACACGAUCCACGACAAGGAGGUCUACUGCAGCAGCCACGUGCCCAAGCCGGGCCCCGGGACCCUGGACGGGUCCAGCGUGGGCAUCCGGAGCGCCCUCAACGCGCCUCGCAGCGGCUACGUAAACGAGCAGAUCAGGGCGGGCGGAGCAUCUCCAAGGGGCGUCUACCCUCCGGGGUACGAGCACGGGGAUGCCUCCAACUCGGCAAGAUACUCCAACGGACACGGGGCCUCGCCCGGCGGCAACGCCUCCCAUCGGGAUGGACCCGGGGGAGUACCCGGGCACAAUUAUUCCGCCGAUGGGAGCUAUCGGUACGGGAGGUUCGACGCCAGUGCCCUUCACAUAGCUCACGCCCUGAAACAGACCGAGCUCCAAAAGGGCUACAACAAGGCGCGCGAGAAACCGAUCGACUACUACCUGGACCGAGACGAGCAAACGCGGCUGGAGAUGAAGCACCGGAAGGAGGAGGACGACCUUUACAGGAAGUUCGCCCACCACCGGGAAGAGGAGGACCGCAGGAUCCGGGAAGAGUUCAGGGACGAAUGGGAAAAGGAACUGGAGCGGCUGUCGGCGCGAUGGGACCAGGAAAGAGGAGACCGAGGCGAGCGGGGUCGGAGCCAACUGUUCCUGCAGGAGAAGGAGAACCUCGAAAAGAACAUGACCCUUCGAAGGGACAAGAAGAAGGAGAGUCUCACUCGGAAGAUGCUCGAACACGAGAGGGCGGCGACCGCGGCUUUGGUGGAGAAGCAGAGCUCGGAGAUGUUGGAGCUGAUCAACGAAGCCAGAAGCGAGUACAUGUUGCAAGAGAGCCUCUAUCUCGACGAAGGAGACGGGUAUGCCCAAGAAGCGCCACCGCCUCCGUAUCCGUCGCGAGCGCCACCCCCACAACCGCCCACUCUCGCGAAAUAUCACAUUUAUACCGAUCCUCUGGAAUUCGCCGACAUGGACCAAAUCGCCAUCUCGGUGGCUCAAGAGGACCAAAAGACUUUUACCGACCUGGUGCGGCAACUGGUCAGCAGGUGCGGAUCGGACAUUGAAAAGGCGAGGACGAUAUUCAGAUGGAUCACCGUGAAGAAUCUCAACACCAUGCAGUUCGACGACGACCUGAGGGGCGAUACUCCAAUGGGCUUGUUGAGGGGUAUCAAACACGGCACGGAGAGUUAUCACGUUCUCUUUAAACGGCUUUGCAGUUACGCCGGAUUACACUGUGUCGUUAUCAAAGGCUACAGCAAAUCCGCAGGUUAUCAGCCAGGCGUCCGGUUCGAAGACAGCAAAUUCAGAAAUAGCUGGAACGCCGUCUACGUAGCGGGCGCGUGGAGGUUCGUCCAGUGCAACUGGGGAGCUCGUCACCUCGUCAACGCCAAAGAAGUUCCUCGUCCGGGACAGACGAAAGGAAACAGCGACAGUCUUCGGUACGAGUACGACGAUCAUUACUUCCUGACGGAUCCACGGGAAUUCAUUUACGAGUUCUUCCCGCUUCAAGAAGAAUGGCAACUGCUGCAACAACCGAUAUCCGUUAAGGACUUCGAGGAGUUGCCUUUCGUCAGGUCGCUCUUCUUCAGGUAUGGCCUCUACUUUCCCGAUACGAAUACAAAUGCCGUAAUGCAUACGGAUUCAACGGGAGCCGCCACUGUGAGAAUAGCUAUGCCGGCUCACAUGCAGUCGUCUUUGAUUUUCCACUACAAUUUGAAGUUUUACGAUAGCGACGGAGAUGGUUACGACGGAAUAUCUCUUAAGCGAUUCGUCAUGCAGUCGGUCGUUGGGAACAUGGUAGCGUUCAGAGUUCACGCACCGUGUUCCGGAGCGUUCCUUCUGGAUAUCUUCGCCAACGCCGUUACGCCCAGGGAAUAUUUAACCGGUGAACCGAUGAAAUUCAAAAGCGUUUGUAAGUUCAAGAUCGCUUGCGAAGAACUUCAGACGGUGAUGGUGCCUCUACCUGAUUGCGCCAGCGGAGAGUGGGGUCCUACCAAGGCGACCAGACUCUUCGGCCUGGUGCCGAUCACCCACCAGGAUGCCCUAGUGUUCGCUGGCCGAGAAUUAGAAAUUCAGUUUCGCAUGUCGAGGCCAUUAACGGACUUUAUGGCUACUCUCCAUAAAAAUGGAAUCGAGGAGAAACGUCUGUCCAAGUAUGUUUCCCAUCUUGUGGCCGAUAACGACGUGGUGACUUUCUCCAUUAACUUCCCCGAGGAAGGGCAAUACGGCCUCGAUAUUUAUACCCGAGAAUUAAGCACGCCGCCUCAUCAGGAAGUCUCUGGCGAGAAACACUUGCUCACGCACUGUUGCAAAUAUCUCAUUAACUCCAGUAAAAGGAACUAGCUAUCCGAAGGAAUCUUGGACAUGCCACGUCUUACCUUUUAAUUCGCGUCUCUAGGCGACCGCGGAACUAACUAAUUUUUGUACCGUACAGUAGGGCAAUUCAUCGAUCGUCCGAUCUACCUAAAGAGGAUUCCACGUUUCUUUUUUAUUUUUUAUUUUUAUACCAAAGCUGAGUAAGACACCAUCGUUGUCGAGAGGAAUAUUAUAAGACGUGGCGCUUUACUCGGCUUUGUUCAAAAACAAGCGUGGACAUUUCGAAGGCAUAAAUUGUCACGAUUGUCGUAGCGUAAGUAAUGAUCGCCAAACCCUUUAAAUUAAUCUCAAACGUAACUGGUCUUAUUUGGUAUUACUACGUUUUUCAUGAUUAUCUGUCUAAGGUAACUCUCAUGUGUGCUAACUUAGCGAUAAAUAUUCUAUCGUAGUUGAGACUGUAAUCAAGGAUUAUCCCGAAGCAACUCGUAGCUGAAUCACGACGUAAGUCACGAACAUAGAUUUGUUUCUCGCGUUGGUAAACAAAUUAAAAGUCGACGUGUAGUAAUUUUAAUUAGUCAGAAAGAAAUGAAUGCGUAAUUCCAGUCGACUUUUGAUUUGUUUAUUCGUUAUGACCAGCAACCAAAAAUGUCUACUUAUCGUACCGUGCUGGUCCUUGCAAGAUAACUAUAUUUUGAGAAAAAUUAUAGAGAGAGAGAUAUAUAUAUAUAUAUAUAUGUAUACAUAUACAUAACUGUAUUUAUAAACGUAUUACCAAAUUGUAAAUACAAAUAAAUUCAUUCCACUUUGCUAAAUA